AUGAUUGAUAUCACUGUUGCUGGAACCCAUCGAGAGAUCGGCUUUGCUGUAGGUCAUCAGGCUGCGAAGCAAGUUGCUGGGUCAAUUGCCUUCUACCGUUAUUUUUUCAAAGACUUCAGCGGGUUAGAGUGGUCCACAGUACAGGCGAAGACCCGAGAGUUUGUGCCACACCUCAAAGCCAAGUUUCCCUCAUACUAUGAAGAGAUCGAAGGGAUAGCGGAAGGUGCUGUCGUGGACGUUCUGGAUGUUGUUGCAUUGAACAUACGAAGCGAGAUCGCUUUUGGUCUCUUCGAAACGGAACCGACAAGACCCACGUCAACUACAUCAGUUGAAAUGGCAGUGGACGGAUGCACUGCACUAGGCUGGAAGACUCCUAGAGGGUCUAUAUUCCUCUCACAGAACUGGGACUGGAAGAACGAACAAAAACCAAAUUUGAUCAUCCUUCGCGCCAAACCGCAUGGUGGGCCCGGCAUCGAUCUGCCAGCUUUCCAAAUGAUCACUGAAGCAGGUAUCAUUGGGAAAAUUGGAUUCAACGAGCACGGUGUGGGAUGUCUCCUUAAUGGGAUCCGCGCGAAGGGCGUCGACUCAGAGCGUAUGCCAACCCACUUUGCUCUGCGGACCAUUCUGGAAUCCAGGUCAAAAAGAGAGGCCCUGGAGAAGAUAAAGAGCGUGGGGUUAGCUGGAAGCAGUCACAUUCUUCUCGGCGACCACUCAGGCCCUACUGGCCUCGAGUGUACCAGCAUUGGGUUCAGGGAGCUGCCGGCUGAUGAGAAUGGUCGUGUCGUUCAUGCCAAUAACUUGAUAUUGGAUCAUGAGGGCGUUCUUGAGCCGCUCUGGCUUGUAGAUUCACCGAAACGUACUGCCCGUAUGAGGGAGCUAGCAACGCUAGAUGUUGGCGAGAACGCCGGCUUCAAGUCCUUGCUAGAGCUUUUCAAGGAUGAACAAAACUUCCCAAGCUCCAUCAACCGGAAGCAAAUCGGAAAGAAUGAUUCUGGUACUCUUUUCAAUGUGGUGUUUGAUCUCACCGAAAGAAAGGGCAUUAUUUCCAUUGGUCGGACGACGGAGAUUGAGGAGCAGAUCGAAAUUGGAUUCUAA